CUGUUCUCCUAAGUGCUGUGUGAAGUGGUCCUGCUCCUCAGCAAUGGCUCCAAAUGGAUGGAGCUUCUCUGUAGAUACUGGUGGCAGCCACACGCUGCACUCCAGAGCAGAGACCACCCCGUCUCCCACGAGCAAUACAGGGAAUGGACACCCAGAGUACAUCGCCUAUGUGCUGGUCCCUGUGUUCUUCAUCAUGGGUCUUCUGGGUGUCCUCAUCUGCCACCUGCUUAAGAAGAAAGGCUAUCGGUGUACAACAGAGGCCGAGCAAGAUGCUGAAGAGGAGAAGGUUGAAAAGAUAGAAUUGAAUGACAGUACCAAUGAAAACAGUGACACUGUCGGGCAAAUUGUCCAUUACAUCAUGAAGAAUGAAGCGAAUGCAGAUGUUUUAAAGGCAAUGGUAGCAGACAACAGCGUGGGUGAGGCUGAAAGCCCUGUGACCCCCAGCACCCCUGGGAGCCCGCCUGUGAGUCCUGGGCCCUUGUCACCGGGGACCACCCCAGGGAAGCAUGUCUGCGGCCACCACCUGCACACAGUGGGUGGCGCUGUGGAGCGGGAUGUGUGCCAGCGGUGUAGACACAAGCGAUGGCACUUCAUAAGACCCACCAAGUCCAAAGAUGGCCGCUCACGGCGUCAAGGGGAGGUCACCGUCCUCUCUGUGGGCAGGUUUAGAGUUACAAAAGUGGAACACAAGUCAAACCAGAAGGAGCGGAGAAGUUUGAUGUCAGUUAGUGGAACUGAAAGCGUCAACGGAGAGCUGCCUGUGACACCUGUGAAGAUAGAACGAAGCGACACAGAGUAGCAGCAAUGGCUUUAUUUGAAGAGUUCUUAAGAAACUGAAAACUUACAAGAGAUGAAGUUGCCCAGGGAAUGUUUUUAUGUACUUUGUACAGUUUCUAUGAAGUCAGCAGGCAUGCAGAUAAAACUAAAGGGAAUAUUUUUGCUGUGCUGCUGGAUACAGAAUUCAGUUUGCUUCAAAACAGGUUUUGGUUUAAAAAGUCUGAUAAAAAAUCGAUUAUUUCCAGGGAGGAAAAGAGCUCAUUGAUCUGUUGGCCACCCCUGGCCUCUACUGUUCCUAGCCGCCCACCCUUGGCCUUGGGUUGUGUGCUGCAUCUCUUCAUUAGGGUCACUGUGUGGUUACAAUGGAGCCAUUCACGUACAGCCAGAGCUUGUGCUGGGAUUGUGCGUGUGUGGUGUGUGUGUGUGUGUGUGUGUGUGUGUGUGUGUGUGUGAUGUGUCUGUUUAUUACUCUAAAACCUGACAUCCCCUUUUGGUCCUGAUUGUAAGAAGAUCUUGAUACACACAGUUUGGCACAAGGUCUUAGGAAUAAUCUAGUCUAGUGAUGACAAACACAUCAUGGAGUCGGAUAGGACCAGGCCAUGUCAUCAAGAAUUUGGCAUCAACUCCUGCUACUGCUGCGCCACUCCUGGGUCACUUACAUGAUAUUGAGAGAUUCUUCUUUUUCCCCCUAACCUAAAAGUCACUAAGGGAAAAAAUUCUUGUUUUGACAACCAGUGGCCAAAACAACCCACUUUCAAGAUGAGCCCGCAGAGACCGCUGUAUGUUCUCCUGUGUUCUAUGUAUGACCCAUCUUGUAACUCAUGCUCAGUGUUUAAAAGACUCCUUCUCCUCCUCCCCUUCCUCCUCCUUCUUCUCUCUCUCUCUCUCUCUCUCUCUCUCUCAGCUUUACAUUUUAUAAGACACAUGAAAAAGCACAGAAGCAAAGAUAGUAUUUUAGGUUGAUCUGAGGCUGGGGGGAGGGGAAGCUCCAGGACCUGUUUCCAUGUGCAGGUGUGGUGCUUCGGGUACUUGUUUUAUUUUUAAGAGAAAAAGCACAUUUCUCAUUUGGCUCCCCAAAAAUGAUUUCCAUGACAAUAUACUUCAUGGUAUUCACUGUAUAAAUACACUUACUUGAUUUUGUUUCUGGCGUCAAACUAAAAAUUUCUAACCUUUUACAUGAAUGAACUAUUCAAUCGCAUGUGAAUCCUUACAACUAAUAAACGACAUGUAUACAUUUAUAUGCACAGGAGAAGUCAGUAUGAUAGAAAUUUCACUGUGCUCCAGAAAGUACCUGUAUAGGAAUUUUAGGGGUGUGUGUUAGUGUAAAUAAUACAUGUGAUGUCUAGGCCAAUACUUAAAAACAAACAAAAACAUACACUUUUGCUUUAAGAAAUAUUAUGCCCUCUAAACAGUGAGGGGUAAAUUGUAAGAUAUUCUUCAGCUUUAAUUAUUUUUUAAUUUUAUUCAAGUCAGAGCACUUUUUUAUAGCAAUACAAUAGGCAAGAGAAUACUCAAAAAUAUUUGAAAUUGUAUUUAUACAAAAUAUUUUACAUAUUUUCUAAUACUUGAGCAGUGUGUGUCCGGCUGGCUUCCACAUGCACCAAAGGUUAAGCGUUCAAUAUUUUCAACACAUAAGCUUUUUACUGGUUGAUAGUAUCUGAUGAGAAUUCUUAAGUGUUCCCAAAGCAACUGAUGUUUACAGGUCUUGUAUUUUUCCUCCUUCUUUAGAAGGGUGGGGGGUUCACAAUGAACUCACUGUAUGAAACACUAAUGACGGAUAGCUCUUCAUUUAAUAAGUGAGUUGGCUGCCACCCUGAUUUGAAAAAUUUGAAAAGGAAAAUUUUCACCAUUUUGAGUGUCAAAUGUAUUUUUAACUGUCUGGUUUGUACUUUUACGACUUUUGUACUACCAAAGCAGAGUUAAAAAUAAAAAUGUUGAACACAGUGUGUUGUUUUGAAUGAUCCAAUGAUUGGUGUCUUGAACACUGAAGAGACAAUGUGGUACUAUAGUUUAUUGAAUUUGGACUUAUGUGUGUCUCGAAUUGUCACAUGAUCAUUUGAUAUUCCUUACUGGACUCUCCUUACUGUGGUACCUCUAACCCCCCAUUAGUUACAUCUUUUUUGAGAUAGCUUUAGACGUAGAAAAAAGUUGCAAAGCAGCAAUGAGUUCAUGUAUAUCCUUUACUCUCUUCCUCCUUACGUUAACAUUUUAC